AUGAAAGUGUGCAAAAUCACACGGUCAGCCCAGCGCCACCUCAGGCGUCACACACUGGGAUUCUCAGAGGGGCUGCGGGUGGUCCGGGAGCAGUUGGUGCUCCGGUGCUGGGCCGCUGGAGCCUGCGAAGCACUGUUGGAAGUGAUCAUGAAAAAUGGAAGCACUGCUGGAAACAGUCCGCGCUGCCGGAAGCCCUCAGGUGGCGGGGAUCAGAACAAGGCCAGCUGCACUAAGGACAGCACGUCCGGGGGUGCAGAGAGUGGGAAGGGCUACACCCACGACCAGGUGGAGGGCGUCCUCAGCAUAAACAAAUGUAAAAAUUACUAUGAAGUACUUGGAGUUACAAAAGAUGCAAGUGAUGAAGAUCUGAAAAAAGCGUACAGAAAGCUUGCUUUGAAAUUUCAUCCAGACAAAAACCUCGCACCUGGAGCAACAGAUGCAUUUAAAAAGAUUGGAAAUGCUUAUGCUGUUUUAAGUAAUCCUGAGAAACGAAAACAGUAUGACCUCACCGGCAGUGAAGAGCAAGCCUGUAAUAACCAGAGCAAUGGCAGGUUCAACUUCCACAGAGGGUGUGAGGCGGACAUAACCCCAGAAGACCUGUUCAAUAUAUUUUUUGGUGGUGGAUUUCCUUCAGGUAGUGUACAUUCAUUUUCAAAUGGCCGAGCUGGUUACAGCCAUCAACAUCAGCAUCGACAUAGUGGACAUGAAAGAGAAGAAGAAAGAGGAGAUGGAGGUUUUUCUGUGUUUAUCCAGCUGAUGCCCAUAAUUGUAUUGAUCCUCGUGUCAUUAUUAAGCCACUUGAUGGUCUCUAAUCCUCCUUAUUCUUUAUAUCCCAGAUCUGGUUCAGGGCAAACUAUAAAAAUGCAGACAGAAAACUUGGGAGUGGUUUAUUAUGUCAACAAGGACUUUAAAAAUGAAUACAAAGGAAUGUUACUACAAAAAGUAGAAAAGAGUGUGGAAGAAGAUUAUGUAACUAAUAUUCGAAAUAACUGCUGGAAAGAAAGACAACAAAAAACAGAUAUGCAGUACGCCGCAAAAGUGUACCGUGAUGAUCGACUCCGAAGGAAGGCCGAUGCCCUGAGCAUGGACAACUGUAAAGAACUGGAGCGACUGACCAGUCUUUACAAAGGAGGGUGAGCAGGGCUCUGUACUGGUACCUGGGAGUGCGCUCCUGAUCUCUUCUGUAAAUUCAGUUUCAUCGUGAGAGCUGAAGACAAGAUUUGAUACGAAAAAUUAAACUGAAUAGUUGGUUUCUGAAAUCUUGGACCGUUUAUGAUCUACUGGUUGCUUUAGAUAGUAAGAACUGAAAACUAAACAAUAUUUUAGUUGUGCUUCUGCCAUUAUUUUCAUUUUGAAAGCUUAUACUAUUCCUAACUAAACAUGUCUUGAGAAGGGAUUAUCACACCUGUAGCGAUUUCAAAUUAUAGUGAUUCUCCAUUUGCCCCUUGUCAUGUAAAUAUUUAUGGAAUGAACAUUUUGUGCACAUACAGGUUAUUGCCUUUUUACUUAAGUUAUUUUAGUAUUUAGCUCUACGAGAUACUUCUUUUAAGGUGAUGGAAUAAAUGUUAUAUGACACAAUUACAUUUUCCUAGUCAGGUGUUAGGUAUGUGGAGUUUAGACAGUGAAGUUUUUUCAAAAGGAAAAAAACCCAAAAACCAUUUAAGUUUCUGUAAACUCAUAGCAUUAUCAGCUUAGAAGGAAUUAAUAUUUUUAAUAUUGCCACUAUAUUCCAAAAUAAGUACUGAGAUAAAUGAACUGGUGUAGAGUAUCAGUUUGCUAUUUAGUUUAAUGAAUCGCUAAGCCAUAUGUAGAAAUGAAAUGCUAUACUGAUAGAUUUUAAAGAAAAUAUGAGGAAAUGGCUAUAAUUAUUAAACUAAGAGGGUUUUCAAUAAAGAAUUAUAAUUAUGCAUUUACAAUUCUAUAAUCAAAAGGACCCAAGUAUUCAUUUAUAUGUCUUUGAAGGCUGCUAACAUUUAUGAAGACAACCUAAUUUUCUGACCAUAGAAGUUUGCAUUUUCUUAGUGAUCAUUUAUACAGAAUCCAAAGGUAAAUGGAUUCUUCUACAAACAAUAAGAAAAUUUACUACUAAAAUACAGCUUUGUGCCUUUUAACCCUACUGCCAACUCCUAAAUGUAUACAUAAAUUACUGUUAACAUUGAUCAGAGCAUGAUUCAUUUGGCCGUGUACAACAGUGAGCAGAUAGCAACAGGGAGAAUAGUGAAUGAUAUAGCAAGUCAUCCUUUAAAAAUUCUAAGCUAUGGUCUACUCACUGUUGAGUAAUUCAAUUAAUCCUAUAGGAAUAAGCUCCUUAUAAUUAGAUCCAUAAUACAAAUUAGAAAAACAGCAGUUGAAAAUUGAAGGUUCUGGUGCCUAUAUAUUGAGUAUGGAACUAUUUGAUUUCUGGUCUUCUAUGCUAGUAAUAUUUUAAUGAUUUUGAUUCACACUCAGUGGAACAUGAACAUAUUUUGGCAGUUUUUCUGUGAACAAGGUAGAGUGGUUUUGUUACUUUUGUUAAAGGAUGUUUUUUCAGGGUAUAGUUGAUUUAUGACACCUGUUAAAUAAAACUGAUACUUUCUUAAGAAUGUUCUUUUUUAUCCCCUUCCUAAGUAAAUUAAAAAAGAAAAGCCUGAUUAAUUUUGAGGUUAAAGUAAACAUAUUCUUAUAGGAAACAUGAACAACUUAACCAAUUCUUUUAGAAAUAUGACCUUUAAAAGAAAAAUAAUGCUUAAAAUAAAAUUUUAAAUGUUUUCUUGAGGCUGUAGAAUAAGUGUUUAAAAAUGUGGUAGCAUUCUAAUUAACUAUGAAAGUUAAUAUGUAUCAAAAAUUUAUAAAAAUUUGAAAAAUGUUAUGUUUAUUUUUCCAGUUUCAAUGGGAAGUUUACACUGUUAUGGUUAAUUCUUAGGUAAACCAAACCUUGUUGACUGAUUCCUUUUCCCUGAAAUCCCUGCUUUAAGGGGAUAGGUGAAAUUAUCAAAUUAAGUGAAGUUAUAUGUUAUGAAGCCACACAUGGCUUUUGGACAGUAUUAUAUUUCAGGACUAUUACUGCAUUCCAUUACAUUUCAUAAUUUGUUAGGAAAAAUGUGUUUGAUAAAAUUUUCAAACAACUGAGAAAUGAUUGAGUGACUGACAAUUUGAGCUAUAUAUAAAAUAUGCAAGUAAAGGUUGAGUUCUUAAAGUCCCCUAUAAUGUGCAGUGGAGGAAAUGAGUAUCUUGUAACUUUAGGUUAAUUGUACAUGAUGAGAAGACUUUAGAUAUCUUAGGUGUAAGAUUUUCAUGUUUGUUACUUUUAGUGUUUUUUUAUUUUUGGUACUGGGAUUCGAACUCAGGACCUUGAGCUUGCCAGGCAGGCACUACGCCACUAAGCUAUCUCCCCAGCCCUGUUAUUCUUUUAUGCUUAAAAAUCCCAAAAAUUUGCCCUCUUUUUUUUUUUAGCUACAUGAUCUUUACAAUUUCACUUGAUCAUUUAGUUGCUACCUAAAAGGCUUUGAAUUUAACUAGCUUCUCUAACUGGUAUUUUGGAAAUUUGACAGUAGUUGUAUUUAAUACUUUACAUUUUUUAGCCCCUUUUAUGUGCACACACACACACACACACACACACACACAGUUCUUGCAAAGGUUUGAAGAAAAGGAAAUAGUACCUUUUAUCCUUUUCUUUUGAUUUCCUACUUUCCAAAUGACUGGCACUAGUCAUUUAGUCAUGUGUCAGCUAUGGAACUUAUUCUCAACAGUGAGAAAUUUUAUGUUAUCCAUUUCAUAAUUAAGUGAAAGUAACCUGUUUGGAAGGAUAGCAUUUGGAUUCUUGUUUCACAAUCGUCAUGUGCAUAUUUAUGGUUUACAAAGACUUGGUAGAGAAAAGUCAAAUCCUGAAAGCAUCUCCAUCCCAGUGCUUUACAGUACUCUCCUGUGUAUCAGCUCAGGUGUCCCUGGAAAAGGAAUGUAAUAUGCUAGCUCUUAACUUUAAUCGUACUUUUAUGCUUCAUUUUUCUUCCUAUCAAAUCUUUUGCACUAGAUGUAAAAUAAAAUUAUUAUUUGAUUUCCCGUCUGUUGGAUUGGUAAUGUUUUCAAAUGCACCUGUGACAUGCUAAUGUUAAUGUAUUUCUGUAUAUUUAAAUUUUUUUUUUUUUUUUUUUUUUUUUU